GGCGGAGACAAAAGGGAGCGGAGCCGAGGCGAGGCGAGGAGCGGCUGCUUUGCAUCCCUUCCCGUCAGCCCCGCUCCUCGCUUCCUGCCGCCGGGAGCGGCCCGGAACUGGGACCCGCCGGCCGCGCGCCCAGGCCAUGACAGCCUAGCCGUGGGGUGAGAGAUGGAACGCUUCACCGACUCUGGAACUCAAACGGAUGCGGUGGUGGUGCUGUCCCUGGCACAGGCCGCUGUCUUGGGCUUGGUGUCCGAGAACGAGCUCUUCGGCGCAACCAUCAGCCCCGGAGGCUUCUUCCCAGGACUAGGAAAUGAGCUUGCAGACGCUGCCACGGUGGAACCAGAGGGCCCGGAAAGCGCUUACAGGCUGGAGAAGGAAGGCUGCGUCCCAGCCGAGGCACCGGAGGAGGAGGGGCUGGAGGCAGAGACUCCAUUUGAAAAACACGCCCGGAGGAGGAAGCGGCCCCCAGUGAGGCUGGUGCCCAAGGUCAAGUAUGAGAACCCUGCGGGUGCGGAGGAGGAGGUGGUGUACGAAGUGCCCGUCCCUGGCGACAACAAGGAGGAGACGCAGAGCAGCCACCCGCCCAGCCUCGAGGAGUCCGGCUGUGAGAAGACCGUGCAGAGCAGUGCCAUGAAGAUGAUUGACCUCAGUGCUUUUGGCAGGAAGCCCCGGCGCCUGCGGCAUCUGCGCAGACACGUGCGGCAGGAGGUGGGCCUGGGGAGCUACGAGCACAGGUGUCCGGACCCCGUCCAGGUCGGUUACGCUGAGGCCAGCAUGGGCGGGGCUCCGGCAAGCACGGGGCCAGAGGCCCUCGGAAGCGAGUGCAGCUUUGAGGCGAACGCUGCGUCUCUGGAGGGGCCCAUGCCGGAGUCGCCAGAGCAGGGGAAGAGCGAGCAGGGCUUUGCGUGGCAGGAGCCAGCGGAUUUUGAUGCAGACACAGCUGGAGUCAACACUGAGCGCAACAAAAAGGCCCAGCUGGACCGGCUGGACAUCAACGUGCAGAUCGAUGACUCCUACUUGGUGGAGGCGGGCGACCGCCAGAAGCGCUGGCAGUGCCGCAUGUGUGAGAAAUCCUACACCUCCAAGUACAACCUGGUGACGCACAUCCUGGGCCAUAACGGCAUCAAGCCCCACUCGUGCCCGCACUGCAGCAAGCUCUUCAAGCAGCCCAGCCACCUGCAGACGCACCUCCUGACGCACCAGGGCACGCGGCCACACAAGUGCGAGGUGUGCAGCAAAGCCUUCACGCAGACCAGCCACCUGAAGAGGCACAUGCUGCUGCACAGCGACAUCAAGCCCUACAGCUGCCACUUCUGCGGGCGUGGCUUCGCCUACCCCAGCGAGCUGAAGGCCCACGAGGUGAAACACGAGAACGGGCGCUGCCACGUGUGCGUGGAGUGUGGGCUGGACUUCUCCACGCUGACGCAGCUCAAGCGGCACCUCUCCACGCACCAGGGGCCCACGCUCUACCAGUGCCUGGAGUGCAGCAAGUCCUUCCACUACCGCAGCCAGCUGCAGAACCACAUGCUGAAGCACCAGAACGUCCGGCCCUUCGUCUGCACCGAGUGCGGCAUGGAAUUCAGCCAGAUCCACCACCUCAAGCAGCACUCGCUCACGCACAAGGGUGUGAAAGAAUUCAAGUGUGAGGUGUGUGGGCGUGAGUUCACCCUGCAGGCCAACAUGAAGCGGCACAUGCUCAUACACACCAGCGUCCGUCCGUACCAGUGUCACAUCUGCUUCAAGACCUUCGUGCAGAAGCAGACCCUCAAGACCCAUAUGAUCGUGCACUCGCCGGUGAAGCCAUUCAAAUGCAAGGUUUGUGGGAAGUCCUUCAACCGCAUGUACAACCUGCUGGGACACAUGCACCUGCACGCAGGGAGCAAACCCUUCAAAUGCCCCUACUGCUCCAGCAAGUUCAACCUGAAAGGCAACCUGAGCCGGCACAUGAAGGUCAAACACGGGGUCAUGGACAUCAGCCUGGAUAGCCAAGAUCCCAUGAUGGAACUGACCGGGGCAGAGCAGACGGAGCUGGAUGCCCAGCAGGAAAUGGAGGAGUACGACGAGGAGAACGCCUAUGACUAUGCAGGGGUGGGCAACCCCCCGGACGAGAAUGCCCUGACGGAGCAGGCCAUGAAGGAAAUGGCCUAUUACAACAUGUUGUAGCUGAGAGACGGGGGCCAGGCCCAGCCAGGUGCAGGGUCACCAGAGGGAGUGACAUGGGGAAAACAAGCUCCUGUCCCCCGUUGCAGCAUCCACAACCAAAAGCCAGGCUCAGCGGGGCCUGCCCCAUGGCACUUGGCUGAGCCCAGGGAAGCUGACACUCCAUGGUGAAGGAGGACACGGGGGUGGCUCUGAGCCCUGGCCAUGCCAGGCCGGAGCUGGGCUGCAGGAGGCGGUAGCCUUCAGCCACCAGCCCCCAGAGGUGACAUACUGAGCCCCUGGCUCCUGAGGCCGUCCAGGCUGGAGUGAGCCUGCAGGCCUCUCACCUGGGUCACCCUCUCUCAGGGCCCUUUCUUGCGCCCCCCCUUGCCCGGGGGAAGAGCCGAGAGCCCUGUGUUCAUUCCUGCCUGCGGUCUCGGCCGUGCAGGGUGAGCAUAGUGCUCAGGCUGGGGCUCCUGGGCUCUGCCCCGGGGUGCACCAGAAGAGAGGCUCUCUGGCCCCCAUGCUUGAAGCCCCAGGAAAGACGUGGUCCAGAACCUGCUGAGCAUUAAUUAUAUUCUACCUCCUCCCUAGUCUGCUGUGGUGGGGACUGCAGCCCAAUCCUACCUAGGAGACACUUGGACUCACCCCACAGCCAAUCCCACUUUAUCCCCCCCUCUGGGCUCCGCAGCCGCCCCCCACCCCACGAAGCAGCCAUGCACAGGGGGCUCUCGCUCUCCUCCCUCGGCCCACCCUGGGGCCAGGAACGCUUGCUCUGGCAUCACCCGGCAGAGGUGCUGCUGCAAAGCAGAGCUGGGGCCGGCCCUGUACACAUAGAAUAUUUUCUUACCGACCCCUGGGGGAGGCUGGGGGCUGGGCACUGUGUUUAAAGGACAGACCUGUACAAAGCUGAGAAAUGGUGGUAUUUUGAAAGUAAUUUAUUUUUUUCAGGUGCGCUGAGCGGUUAAAGGAUAAAUCCAACCAC